GAAGCGGCUGAGGUAGGCGACGCCUUAGAACCCGCGGGCGGUGACUGUGCCACAGGUGCUGCGCAGGGCACAGUGUCCCGGCUCUGGGCAUCAAAAUUCCGGCGCUGGAAACUGAGGCUUCCAAGCUGCUCCCAACCCUGGACACUGAGGCCCCCGGGCCGGAGAGCGGAGCCCUGGGGUCGUCCGAAGCUCGGGGCCCAGAGCCCCCCGGAUCAGACAUCGAAGUCCCGGGAACUGGCGCAGAGCAGGACGCCGAGGUACUCAGGCCAAGAGGCAAGGUCUCCGUGCUCUCCUCAGAGCAGGGCGCGGAGACCCCUGAGCGAGAGAGUGAGGGCCUUGAGCCGUCGGCGCGUCUGGACACACAACGCUCCGGGCCAUCCGCAGCGCGGGGGUUUGAGAGCUUCGAGACUGGCAGAGACAACCCCGAGCCGUCCGAAGCGCGAAGCGCGGGAGUCCCGAAGUACUGUCCUCUUCAGUGUCCCGAGAUCUCGGGGUCAGACUCGGAAGCCCCCCUGCUGCAUUUUCCACCGCCCGAGACCCCCCCGCAGGCCUCCGAGGAGCCGCUCAUGGAGACGCCCAUCGAGCGAGAAAUCCGCCGCAGCUGCGAACGCGAGGAGAGCCUGCGCCGGAGCCGGGGCCUGAGCCCAGGCCGCGCAGGCCGAGAACUCGUCGAGCUGCGCGUGCGGCCGGUGCUCAGCCUGCCGGGCCCGGGUCCCGCGCUCCCCCCGCCGCGGGUCGCGCCGUCGCUGCUGGAGCAGGAGGUGCGCGAGGUACAGGAGCGCGAGCGGGAGCUGCAGCGCCAGCGGCUCUGCGUCUAUGGCACCGCCGAGUUCAAGGAGCCCGCGCCGAGCCUCACGGCGAGCAGGGGCGACGGAAAGCUGGCGGUGAUCUGGCCUCCCCGCAGGAAGGCAUCGGAGAACGGCUUGGAGCAGGAGGAGCGGAAGCCUUGAGGUUGCAGCAGCAUGGGACACCCCGCCAGAGGUAACACGCGCAUCAGAGGAAAGCGGUUGGGGCGCCAAGGAGUGCCUCCCAAUCCGGGGAAGGCCUGGAGAGGGCCAGCAGUCUGCUCCAGGGAAGAUGAAAUCAACCAGCCCCUCCCUGAACCUGACUUUGUGAAACUGACCAGUCUUUUCUCUAAAACCAUUAGCCCCCGUUGGGAAACACCACCACUCUCAAUCCUGCCGGUGAAACUCUCCAGCCUUUCUCCACCUAAUUGCAAACCAAACUGGCCUCUGCCUCCGCCUUUACGGUUCGAGUGAACUACCUCGGCUACCCUCCCUCGCCAAUAAAGCCCCUUCUUUCUGGGCCUUCCCAGGCUG